AUGCAUCUCCCCAAUAUGAGCCCCGUGACUCAACCGAUCUUCGCUCGCGGCAUCUCCGAUGAGUUCAAAUCCGUCAACAGCUGGGAUACGUGUAUGGCCAAGUCCUGGUGCAAAUGGCCCGUCAUCGUUGGUAUCAUCGUCGGAUCCGUCAUCGUGAUCGCGAUUCUUGCCUGCGUGAUCAACUGCCUCUGCUGCGGCUACCAAUGCUGCAAAUGCUGCUGUGGCUGUUGCUGCCCCUCCGGCCGUCGCAGAAACAAGCAACCAAAAUACUACGACGACGCUCCCCUCCACCAACCACCUCCCCCAGCUGCGAACCCAACCUACCAAUCCUCGCCCGCCCCUCCCGUCUACCGCGGCGCCACGCAGACACAGACCGCAACCUUCGACACCCCGAAAACCGCGAAUUCGCACGUCGAUGAGGAUGCGCUCCCCGCAAUGCCCACCUGGGCCAACGCUGUGGACAAGCAUGUCGAAGACGAGACUCACCACGAGGACGUGGAAAUGAAACCAUUGGACCGAAAACAGGGCGCUGGUACGCCCUUCCGCCCGGGUGGUAGCCCCGGCGGCGCAUACUCGGAUUAUACCAACGACAACAAUGUCUCCGCUGGCGGCUACCGAGGCUUCAACCCAACAGACCCCUACGCGCGCCGUUCCCCAGGACCGCAAGCCGCCCUCAAUCCCACAGACCCCUACACACGCCGGUCCCCAGCACCUCAAGCUGCAUUCAACCCGGCCGACCCCUACGCGCGACGCUCCCCAGGCCCUCAAACAGCCCUGAACCCAACAGACCCCUACGCGCGCCGCUCUCCAGGCCCGCAAGCCGCCUUCGCCGCAGCAACAGACCCUUACGCCCGCCGGUCCCCAGCACCAAUAAACACCUUCGGCGCGGCGCAGGACCCCUACGCCCGCCGCUCCCCAGCCCUCGCCUCCCCAGUCGGCACCCCAAGUCCCUACGACUCCCAGCCCUAUCAAAGCUACGACACGGGCAAUGCCGGCUACCACGCCGUAUCUUCGCCUUCGCCCGUAGCUUAUAACCCACACACGCACGGCGCAAACUACAACGCCGUGCCCACGGCCCUCUCCCCGGCUGCUGAUCCCCAGCAGCAACAACCUGCGGGAUUCACUCGCCAGCCCUCCUUCGGCUCAAGCCAGUACCCGCCCACAUAUACAACUCACCAGCCGUACCGCAGCAACACGGCUUCACCGGCUGUCGCUUCCUCGCCGCCGCCGCCUUCAUAUGUUACUUCGCCGCAUGAGUACGCGUCGCAUGAAUAUGGUUCGCAUGAGUACGCGGCGCCUGGAAUGGCUAUUGGGACUGCGGUUUCUGAGCCCCGGGAUAAUCGCCCGCCGAGUUUAUUGCAGAGUGGGCGGAAACCUGCGCCGAAUACUUAUCGUGAUGUAUAA